CUUCGCGUUUUAAUGGUCUUCUGGUCGUUUGUGGCUGGGGGUGUUGCCUUCUACUGUUCGUUGGGACCGGAUUCCCUCCUGCCCAAUAUUCUUUUUACAAUAAAAUAUAAACCCAAGCAAUUAGAAUUGCCGGAGCUAUUUCCCCACGGUCACAGUUGCGCUGUGUGUGGCAAGGUCAAAUGCAAGAGGCACAGACCUGCUUUGCUUCUGGAAAACUAUCAGCCAUGGCUGGAUCUGAAAGUGCCUUCCAAGGUUGAUGCAUCCCUCUCAGAGGUGCUUGAGUUGGUGCUGGAAAACUUUAUUUAUCCAUGGUACAGAAAUAUUACUGAUGAUGAAUCGUCAGUGGAUGAACUGAGAGGCACGCUGCGGUUUUUUGCAUCUGUGUUAGUUCGGAGAAUUCACAAGGUGGAUAUUCCAACUGUUGUAACAAAGAAAAUGCUCAAGGCAGCAAUGAAACACAUCGAAGUGAUAGCCAAGGCCAGGCAGAAAGUAAAAAACGCAGAAUUUUUACAGCAAGCUGCUUUAGAAGAAUACGGACCAGAACUCCAUGUUGCUUUGAGAAGCCGAAGAGAUGAACUUCACUACUUAAGAAAACUUACUGAACUUCUUUUUCCUUAUAUUUUGCCCCCAAAGUCAACAGAAUGCAGAUCCCUGGCUCUUCUCAUAAGAGAGAUUCUGCCUGGUUCUGUUUUCCUUCCGUCAAUGGAUUUCUUAGCUGAUCCUGACACUGUCAAUCAUUUGCUGCUGAUCUUCAUUGAUGAUAGUCCACCUGAGAAAGCAACUGAACCUACUUGUUCAUUGGUUCCAUUCCUUCAGAAAUUUGCAGAGCCAAGAAAUAAAAAACCAUCUGUCCUGAAACUGGAGCUGAAGGAGAUCAGAGAUCAGCAAGACCUUUUAUUUCGGUUUAUGAACUUCCUGAAACAGGAAGGGGCAGUCCAUGUGCUGCAGUUCUGCCUGACUGUAGAGGAAUUCAAUGACCGAAUUUUACGACCAGAACUGUCAGAUACUGAAAAGAUGUCUCUUCAUGAGGAAGUACAGAAAAUUUACAAAACUUACUGUUUGGAUGAAAGUAUUGACAAAAUUAGAUUUGACCCUUUUAUUGUGGAAGAGAUUCAAAGAAUUGCUGAAGGUCCUUAUAUAGAUGUUGUGAAACUUCAGACUAUGAGGUGUCUUUUUGAAGCUUAUGAGCAUGUACUUUCUCUACUCGAGAACGUUUUUACUCCUAUGUUCUGUCACAGUGAUGAGUACUUCAGACACCUUUUAAGAGGAGCAGAGUCACCAACACGCAAUUCAAAGUUUAACAGGUAG